CGUGGUCAAAUAAGUGAUAGAUAAAGUGACAACGAAACAAUCUUUUUUUCUCAUCUUAAAAUGUUUUCGGGAUUUUGUUUUAUUUUACACGACAUCCCAGCUUCCGCUUUCAGCUUGUUUACUUCCGUAAGGAACAACGCUAAUAAGUCGCUAAAAGACGUUGAGCUAAAGGACAUUUUACCUCCUCAUUGGACACUUUAGAUGAGCAACCAUGGGGAAGUCUUUUGCCAAUUUCAUGUGUAAAAAGGAUUUCCACCCUGCGUCGAAGUCAAAUAUCAAAAAGGUAUGGAUACAAGAGCAGAAGUUGACUUUCGAGAAGCGAAAGCAGGAGGACCUGAUGCAGGCGUACCUGAAGGAGCAGGACACAUACAACAACAGAGUGUUGAUGGGUGAUGACCGUGUUAAAAAUGGCCUCAAUUUCAUGUAUGAGGCUCCACCAGGAGCAAAGAAAGAAGAGAAGGCGGAGGAAGGAGGAGGAGAUGAAGAAUACAAAUUUGAAUGGCAAAAGGGGGCUCCAAGAGAAAAAUAUGCAAAGGACGACAUGAAUAUCAGAGAUCAGCCAUUUGGGAUCCAGGUGCGCAAUGUGCGCUGCAUCAAAUGUCACAAGUGGGGCCACGUGAACACAGACAGAGAAUGCCCUCUGUUUGGACUGUCAGGCAUCAACGCCAGCUCUGUGGCGAUGGAGGAGGGGGCGGGUCCGUCGAUGCACCCCUCUGCGCUAAUGGCGGAGAUGCGUAACAGUGGGUUUGCCCUGAAGAAAUGUGUCCUUGAUCGGAAUGCCACCGCUUGUGAUCCAGUGCAGGAGUAUGUCACCAGCGACCAAGAAGAAGAUCCAGAGGUGGAAUUUUUAAAAUCCCUAACAACUAAGCAAAAACAGAAACUCCUCAGGAAACUUGAUCGUCUGGAAAAGCAAAAGUCCAAGAAGAAAAAGAGUAAAAAACCAAAGAAAAGGAGCAAGAAGAAGCAGAAGAAGAAGCGUGACAGUAGCGACAGUUCCAGUAGCAGCAGCAGUGACUCAUCCAGCAGCUCCAGCGACUCCGACUCGGACAGCCGCGGCAACUUAAAGAGCCAAAAGAUAAAUAGGAGCAAAAAGAAGGCGUCCUGCAGGGAUAACAGCUCCGAGAGGCGAGACAAGAGUCACAAAAAGUCAUCCUCUUCUCGCAGGAGCCGGUCAGUGAGCCCUCAUGCGUCACGCAAGCGGCCUCAAGAGGCAUCUGGAGAACAUCAACAAACACGGAGCGAGAGAGGAAGGAGUCCGGAGAGCAAGAAGAAGACGCCAGAAAGAAGUCGAGACAGAAAGCGAGAUCGGAGCAGGAGCAACCAGAGAAGCAGGGAGCGACAUCACAGAGCAGAUACGGACGGGAGGCGAGGAAGGACGGCGGAUGAGAGGAGUAGAAGCAGGGAGCAAGCAGGAAGAGGAAGAAGCCACGACAGGACCCAAAGAAAAAACUGAAGACUGCUUCGCUCUUAAAACAGUGGAUUUUUUCUUAUAAAAGUCUCUGAAGUGGUGUCCUUCACCCUUUGAGUGGCAUGCAUGUCUUUUUUUCACCAGUAGAGGGCGCUAGUGGCCAAAGUAUCAGCCUCUUCUGCUUGGUUUGAUUUACUCAAACACCUUCUGCAACAAUCUGCAGCCUUGAGGCACUAAAAGAAAACAUUUUGAACAUUUCGAUGGUCAGAUAGCCCCGGGAAAAUAUUCCGCAUAUAUUCCGCAGCUUUCCAACUCCUUUUUGACCUUUCAACUUCAGCCGUCAUGUGUACAUGUAUAAUAAUAAACUACAUACUUCAGCUGUCAAAGUAUUUUCUGUAUUAAAUGAAAGACUUUUAUCAAAAUAGGACGCGGGGCAAUAUCCUUGUCCAAAUUAAAUCAGGAUUAAAUACUUUUCGGACAUUCAAUGCCAUUUUUCCCCCAAUACUCGUUUUUGC